AUCUCAGUAGAGAGUAGACACCCGCCGAUGGCAAAACAGUUUGCUGGAAAGCCCAGAGCAGCAAACAAUGGAGCUCCAGAGCUCCCUCCACACCUGAUUUCUCUCCUUUAAAAGUGGAAAUACAGAAGGCACAAUUCUCUUUUUUUCAGCUUCUCAGCUACUUAUCCUCAGUCCUAAUCUCCAUCAGCUUGAUCAUUUAAUCUUAUUUGUUCUUUGCUUAGGGGUUGCAGUUGUUAGUCCGUGGAGGUUUUUGGAGGAGAUGGGUAGGAAUAGUGGUAUAAAUGACGAUGAUAACGAAGAGUUCAGUUGGGAGAGUGAUGACGAUGAGAAGGAAAACCGAGCCGGAAUGCCAGGGGAGGCAUGCGAGGCAGGACCUUCUCAGCCUAGCUUGUAUUCCUAUUUCAUAGCCAUGGGAUUUUCUAAAAACAUGGUUGAAAAGGCAAUCAAGAAAAAUGGAGAAGGAAAUUCAGAAGCCAUUCUAGAAACUCUGCUCACUUAUUCGGCUACUGAAAAUCCUUAUUUAAAAAAUGAGGAUGGUCCGAUUGAUUCAAUAGCUAGUAAUUACGUGGAUGGCCUAGAGGAUGAUUCUUCUGAUACAGAUGACUUUGAUGAUCUAGAGUUCAUAGAGGCUCCCCCAGGGAGAGACAGAAAUUUGUUGACCCUGGUAGAAAUGGGCUUUUCGGCAGAGGAAGCAUCUGCGGCUAGAGACCGAUGUGGACUGGAUGCUUCAGUUUUGGAGCUUGCAGAUUCAAUCCAUGCUGCUCAUAUGGCCAAGGAUUCUCGUGGAAUAGUUUUGGGAUCUCCAAUGAUAAAUAAGGUAAUCGGAAGGUCCAUAAUUUGUUUUUUUCGUUUUUUUUUGUGUUGCCGUCCUAAUUUUCGGCUGUUACUGAUUUAUUCUUCUCAGCCAAACGAAGCCACUUUUUACAGCACCAGCAGGAAGAAGAGGAUACUUAUGGAAGAAAAAUGCAAGCACAAAAGGAACCGUCACCAAGGAAGUCGAAGAAGCGAAUUUUUGAAGAAGGCUGCUUUGGAUGUUGAUAUUCCAAAGCCAAUGAUCGGUUUUAGCCUUCCAUUUCAGAACCGCAUCAAACGUAGAAAUCUCCCGGACUCUGCUCUUGGCCCCCCAUAUUUCUAUUAUGAGAAUGUCGCUCUUGCUCCUAAGGGCGUUUGGGAUACUAUCUCACGCUUCCUGUACAAUAUAGAGCCCGAGUUUGUAGAUUCAAAGUAUUUCUGUGCUGCCAUGAGAAAGAGAGCAUACAUCCACAAUCUCCCCAUUGAGAAUAGAUUUCCACUUCUUCCUCUCCCCAAAAAGACGAUACAGGAAGCAUUGCCCACCACAAAGAAAUGGUGGCCUGAAUGGGAUAACAGAGCCCAGCUUAAUUGCUUGCAGACCUGCACUGCUAGUGCUAAGUUGACUGAGAAGAUCAGAAAGGCUUUGGAUGAUUCCGGUGAUGUACCCUCACUAAGAGUUCAGGAGUACGUUCUUGCUCAAUGUAAGAAGUGGAACCUCGUCUGGGUUGGGCACCACAAAGCUGCACCAUUGGAACCAGAUGAAAUAGAAAUGUUGCUUCGGUUCCCAAAAAAUCAUACUAGAGGUGGAGGCAUUGGCAGGACUGAGAGGUUCAAAUCGUUAGGAAAUUCAUUCCAGAUUGAUACUGUCGCUUACCACCUUUCAGUGCUGAAGAACAUUUUUCCUGAUGGGAUUAAUGUACUCUCUCUCUUUUCCGGCAUUGGCGGAGCUGAAGUGGCUCUCCACAGCUUAGGUAUCCGCCUGAAGGCGGUUGUUUCCGUUGAGAUAUCGGAGGUUAAUAGAAACAUAAUAAGGUGUUGGUGGGAACAGACGAACCAAAAGGGUACUUUGAUAGAAGUUGAUGAUGUUCAGAAGCUAGAUGGUGGUAACCUUGAAGAGUUUAUGCGGAGAAUUGGUGGGUUUGAUCUGGUUAUUGGCGGAAGCCCCUGCAACAACCUUACCGGCAGCAACCGUCACAGCCGGGAUGGCCUUGAAGGUAAAGAUUCUUCUCUCUUUUAUGAUUUCUUUCGUAUCCUCGACCUCGUCAAAUGUAUCAUGGGGAAGAAAUUUUGACCGCAGUGGGAACAAGUUCGUAAUCAUACUAUCCUUUUUCCACCACCACAUAUAUCGUUCAUCCCUGAAAUAAUUUAUCCUGCAUUUCUUCGUUUCGGUUAGAACGACUUGGGAAACUUAACUUAAACUAAACUAACCUAUGUAGGGCUUAUCCAAAAAACCACACGGCCUGUUACAUAUAUUUAGAUUUUGUUUGUUAGGGUAGUACUUCUA